UCCAUAUUAUAGUCUUUUCACGGGAGCUUAUUGACCCUCUCACACUAAGACAAAAUCCGUCAGUUCAAGUGUGCCGUUUCACCUGAAAUCGUCAGAUUCCGGCGAGAUGGCCGUCGUAGAUUCGCCGGAUUGGCCUCCUCCGGGAUGGACAGAGGAUGUCAAAGUAUCAAACGGAAGAAAAAUCAAGUACUAUACAAAUGGGGAGACUGGGAAAAAGUUUUAUUCCAAGAAGGAAGUCGCUCGGUACUUGAACACAAAAGAUUCUUGCGAUGAUGUAACUCAAGCAAUGACUAGUCAAGGUAAGAACUGCUCUGAGAACAAUGUUAGUCAUAUGGAUAAUCAAGAUGAGAGCUUCUCCAAGGACAAUGUUAGUCAAAUGGAUAAUCUAGAUAAGAGUUGCUCUGGGAACAAUGUUAGUGAGGCUGUUGGGAGACCAAAUAAUUCUCAUGAAUGGUUACCUCCAGGGUGGAUAGUUGAAUUAAAGACUCGUAAGUCUGGCUCACAUGCUGGUACACCUUACAAGGUUUACAUUGAUCCAUCAACUGGAAGCAAAUUUUAUUCAAAGCCUGAAGUUUCUAAAUAUCUCAAAACUACGAAGCAGAACAACAUCGUGGGAGAAGGACAGAUACAUGGAGAUGGUGAAGUAUCUUCUUCAAAUCAGAAAAGAUCAGAGGAUUCCAAAAAUAUCAGGGGUGGGGCUCAGACUCGCAAAUCCAAAAGGCUGAAAUCUGACACCGACCAGGCCUCGUCUGGCAUUGAGGAGGGGUCAUUUUCCAAGCUGAAAGCAUCUCAGGAUUUUGAAGAAGUUGGGGAACAGAGUUGCACAACCAAAAGGAAGAAAUCUGGCAUUACCAGGACUACAAAGACUUCUCCUUCUCAUGGUGCUGGAGAGGACUUCACUUUAAAUGAGAAAACAUCUCUGGGUUCCAAAGAAAAUGGGGCACAAAGUCCCCAAUCCAAAAGACAGAAACCUGGCAGUGGUUGUCUGUCAGCAAAGAGUGUUUCUUCUGUUGCAGUUGACUGCGAUUCAGCAGAUGAAUUACCCCCUGGCUGGAAAAAAGAAAGUAGACAAAAUGAUCGUGGAACAAGGGAAUACCUGCUCUACACGGAUCCAGUACAUGGGUAUAAAUUUCACUCCAAAAAGGAAGUUUUGCGCUAUCUACAAACUGGAGAUGCUAGUAGGUGUGCUAGAAGACCUGCGAAAAGGAAUGUAGCUUCAACUACAAAGGAUGAUUCUCCCACGACAGAUGAUGCCAGCUUGAAGAAAUUAGGAGGCUUUACGACAGGAAGACAGCUUUUUUCCACUGACGAGUCGAAAGGGGGAAAAUUUUUUGGUACUUGCUCACCUGCACAGCAAGUUGAGAGUUCGAAGAAACAGCCUGACUGCAGUGUGUCUGAUCCUAAUGCCAUCAUCACAUCCAUUUUAGCUGAGAUAAAUGAGAAUCAUUCCUUUGAAAAUAUAGUUGAAGAUGCUGAAAUCGAAACUGUAAGUGUUGGUGUUAAACAGCAAUUAGCUGUUUCCACUGAGUCGGAUCUCCUCUCGGAGAAGCAACUACUAGAAAAUAAGCAGGAAAAGCAUAGUUCUAAAGAAACACAGCAGUCAAAAAAAUCCAGAAAAACAGAGUCACUUAACCUUGGUCGUCGGGUCUCCAAAAGACUUGCAGGUCAAAAUAUAGAAGCAGUGGCUGAUUUGGAUCUUGGUGAACGUGCUCUUCCAGCUGUAGUUGAUAAAUCUGCCUCUCUGAACCUCUCCGUGAAUGCCUGCAGCCAGGAAUUGCUCCAGGACUCCGAUCCUACACCAGAAACUGGCAAGUCUGAUCAGGCUUCUUUGAAUGGAGACCCUUCAUUGGAUGAUUUACCCCCAGGCUGGAAAAAAGAAAUCAAAAUUACUAAAAAAGCUUAUGGGAUAAGAAAAGACCCGUUAUACAUUGAUCCAGUGGAUGGCUAUGUAUUUCGCUCCAAGAAGGAUGUUUUCCGCUAUCUACAAACUGGAGACAUCAGUAGUUGUGCUAUAAGACCUGUCAAAAGGGAUCUAGAUGCUACAAUGAAGGAGAGUUCUCCCACAACAGUUGACACCAAUUCGAAGAAAUUAGGGUGCUCUGUAACCGAAAGGCAACCUUUUGCUGCUAAGGAAUCCAGAGGUCGAAAACAUUCAGUUACUUGUUCACCAGAAGUACAAGCUGAGAGUUCCAAGAAACAGCCUGAAAGCAGUGCGUCCAAUGCAAACAUUAUUAUUACAUCAUCUGCAGCUGAUAUUAUUGUGAAGCAUUCAAUUCAAAAUGCUGAAAUAAGUCUAGACACAGAGCCAGAAAUAAGAGACUCAAGUGCAGACACAAAAGUCAUAGCUGCUGAAAGUAACGCUAUUAAAAGGUUAUCAGCUGUCUCAACCCCUCAGUCAGAUCUACCCUCAGAGCAGCAAUUACUAGAAAAUGAGCAUGAAAAACAUAUUAAUAAAGAAAAACCGGAGCAGUCAAGAAGAUCCAGAACUAAGAAACCACUCACACCUGGUCGACGGAUCUCAAAAAGACUUGUGGGCCACAGCCCAGAACCGGUGGCUGAUUUGGAUCUAGGUGAACGUGCAUUUCGAGCUGUUGUUAAGAAAUCUGCUUCUUUGGGCAUCCCCCUGAAUGUCUCUGGUCAGGAAUUUUCCCAGAAUAAAGAUCCUACAGUAGGAACUGGCAAUUCUGAUCAGGCUCCUCUGAGAAGAGAAGCUUCAGGCCUUGAAUUUCCACCAGACUUGGAAAAGGAAAUACUUAUGCAGAAUGAAGAUCUGACAGUUGGAACUGGCAAUUCUGAUCAGGCUUCUCAGAAGAUAGAAGCUUCAGGGGAUGGAUUAUCACCAGGCUUGGAAAAGGAAAUAUUUUCCCAGAACAAAGAUCCAACAGUAGGAACUGGCAAUUCUGAUCAGGCUUCUCAGAAGAUGGAAGCUUCAGGGGAUGGAUUAUCACCAGGCUUGGAAAAGGAAAUAUUUUCCCAGAACAAAGAUCCAACAGUAGGAACUGGCAAUUCUGAUCAAGCUUCUCUGAGCAAAGAAGCUUCAGGAGAUGAAUUAUCACCAGGCUUGGAAAAGGAAAUACUUGCCCAGAACAAAGAUCCCACAGUAGGAACUGGCAAUGCUGAUCAGGCUUCUCUGAGCAGAAAAGCUUCAGGGGAUGAAUUAUCACCAGGCUUGGAAAAGGAAAUACUUACCCAUUACAAAGAUCCGACAGUAGGAUCUGGCAAUUCUGAUCAGGCUUCUCUGAGAAGAAAAGCUGCACUAGAUGAAAUACCACCAGGCUGGGAAAAGGAAAUGCUUGGACAGAACAAAUAUUCUACUGUAGGAACUGGCAAUUCUGAUCAGGCUUCUCUGAGCAGAAAACUUUCACCAGAUGAAAUACCCCCAGGUUGGGAGAAUGAAAUACCCCCAGGAUGGAAGUAUGAAAUACCUGCCCAGAACAAAGAUCCUAUAGUAGGGACUACCAAUUCUGAUCAAGCUUCUCUGAGCAGAGAAAAAGCCUCACUGGAUGAAAUACCCCCAGGUUGGGAAAAGGAAAUACUUGCCUACAACAAAGAUCCUGCAAUAAGAACUGGCAAUUCUGAUCAGGUUUCUCUCAGCAGAGAAUUAGCUUCAGCAGAUGAAUUGCCACCUGGCUGGGAAAAGGAAAUGCUUACCUGGAACAAAUAUCCGACAGUAGGAACUGGCAAUUUUAAUUCACUUGAUGAUAUACCUCCAGGCUGGGAAAAGGAACUACUUGUCCAGCAAAAAGAUCAUACAGUAGGAACUGGCAAUUCUUAUCAGUCUUUUCUGAGCAAAGAAGCUUCAGUGGAUGGAUUACCACCAGGCUGGAAAACAGAACUCAGAAUGAGAAAAAAUGCUCGUGUAAUAAAAAAGGACCCGUAUUACACGGAUCCAGUGCAUGGAUAUGUAUUUCGUUCCAAAAAGGAUGUUAUGCGCUAUCUGCAAACUGGAGACAUCAGAAGUUGUGCUGUGAAGCCUACCAAAAGGGAUCCGGGUUCAACAAUGAAGGAUAAUUCUCCCUCAACACAUGACACCAGUUCGAAGAAAUUAAGGUGCUCUUUGACCGGAAUACAACUUUCUGCCACUGAUGAAUCAAAAGGUAGUAAGUGUUCUGUUACUUGUUCAAUGGCACUGCAAGCUGAGAAUUCCAGUGAACAUUCUAAAAGCAGUAUGUUCAACCUCAACACCAGUAUUUCAUCUAUUGUAGCUGAUAUAACAGAAAAACAUUCAUAUGAAAAUGUAAAUGAAGAUACUGAAAUAAGACUAGACGUGGAACCAGAAAUAAGAGACUCAGUUGGAGACACAAAUCCUGCAGCUGCUGAAACUGUUGAUGUUAGAAGGUCAUUAGUUGUUUCCCCCCAGUUGGACUUCCUCCCAGAGCAGCAAUUACCAGAAAAUGAGAAGGAAAAGCAGCCAGCAAGGUUGAGAAAAUUCAGAAAUACACACGACAAGAUCGGAUAUAGCCAGUCAAAAAAUGAAAUUCCUAUUGAAUUGGAUAAUCCUAUACACACCACAAGACAAGGACUGCCAGGAGUGUUACUUGAGGAGGAUGACUAUAAUAUCAAGUUGGAUGACAGUUGUAAAUAUACUCUAGUGGGCAAAUUUACCAACACUAUGCCAAAAGUGGAUUUGAUUAAGAGAAGUUUUAUUCGUCAGAUUCAAUUAUCUGGACGGGUGAAAAUAGCUCAUUUCAAUUCUAGGCAUGUAUAUAUUGAUCUUGAUAAUGAGUUUGAUUAUAUUACGGUUUGGACUAAGCAAAGCAUGACCAUAGAAGGCCAAUUAAUGAGAAUCCAGUCCUGGACCCCAGACUUCAAACCUGAGGAAGAAACACCUUUAGUGCCCAUAUGGAUUGCCUUACCAGAACUUCCUUGGCAUUGUUAUAACAAGGUUCUCUUGACGGCUAUAUUGAGCUCCAUAGGCAAGGUCUUAUACCUUGACUCCCCAUCCUCUCAGAAGACUAGAGGCAGCAUGGCCAGGAUGAAGGUUCAAGUUGAUAUUACCAAGGAAAGACCACCUCAUGUUGGGUGGGAUUUAAAAAUUCAGACCCCAAUAAAGGGAGGGCACAUGGAUAAUGCUUGUACUAUCAAAAGAAGAGAUGAAGAUUUCAAAAGAAGGAAAGAAAUGGAAGCUGGGAAAAAGAACAAGACUAAGGGAGAACAAGAGAAGGGAGAUCAACAGAGGAACGACAAAACAGAUGAGGAUUUAGGACAGACUCAAGGAAAGAAGAAUUUUACAGGUCAACAACAAGGAGUUGACAAUCAGAUACAGCCUCCACAAGAACAGGAAACAGCAGACCAAGAGGAGCUAUGA